UGCCCGACAACUCAUUUGAUGUUGCGAAUAUUGAAUUCAGAUGCAAUUUUCGCCUACCGGAAGAGUUUGUGCGGUGGAUGCGCCGCGAAGUCUCUCAGAAACUGGCGAGACGUCCGAGCGAUGGUGGUGACUGCAGUGAAUGACCUCGCUCCGCCUUCCUUCGCUGUGCGCUGAAGUCACGGCAUUUCGUGAUUUCCGGUUCCGGCGGGAUGUUUCCGUGGCAACCUUUCUACCGUUUUUUACGGCAAUUGCCACUUAAGACCAUUUCGUCGAGCAAGGUCCACGACCAUCAUGUCUACCACGGGACGUACUCGAUACAAAGCCAAAAUGAAGGCACUUCGACGCUGCUGCUCGUCUGCUUUGCUCCGGUAGCUAACAGCUCCUCUCUGGGCGAUAGCUCGGCCGACAUAUCUAUAAACUGCAAGCCAUUCCACAACGUGCCAUUGACAAUGGUCAACGUUUCGCCGUUUCUCGACCCCACUUCAGAGAAUCUCUUGUUCGUUCGGUACACGGCCAUCCCAACGCAGGAGGCGGUGCGCAUAAUUGAAGCUGAGAAAGUGGCUGAGGUUGAGAUGCUGCUCUCGUUAGAAGAGUGCGCACCGUACACCAUCAGACGGGAGGACACGCAAGCACUUGUGAAAGCCAACUUCGCCGAAGCAGACGAGACCGUCGUUGAGAACUUGCAGGUGUCUCUGGUGUGCCCACUAGCCAAGAGGAAGAUUCGGGUCCCGUGCCGUGGCCUCCGCUGCAAGCACGUGCAAUGCUUCGAUGCCUACGGCUACCUUGCCGUCAAUGAAGGUACCCUGAAUCCAUCCUGGCGCUGCCCCGUCUGCAACGACCAGGUCCUUCUCGGGGAUAUUGGCGUCGAACUAUUCAUGCUGGAUGUCCUUCUAAAUGCUGAUGACCAGUGCAGCGCUGUGGUCAUUCUACCUGACGGCAGCUGGGCGCCGGCAGCAGACUACGACGACCACAGUGUCAUCAUAAUUGAAGACAGUCCGGUCAAGGACACCGGAAGAACGCUAUGCGAUCAGUCCAUCAUUGACUUGACGGUCGAUUCGGACUAGUCCCAAAGACUGGACAUGGCUUGGAUAUCCAAUCAACCAGUGUCGUUCUGUGAGAUGAGAUGGUCGCGGCUUCUGCCCAUGGUCCGCAGGCGAGAAAAUGGAAUGUCGUGCCACAGGUGUGAUUCAAGGCGCCUCCCUUUGAGCCAAAGAUUAGGUUUGUUAGUAUUGCUUUGAUUAGUUGUGGUGCAUGUGUGUAUGCGGCUGUGAAAAUCGGAAGCGCUUUAUGAAUCUGACAACCCUAGCCCGUAGUCAGAUGCAACUAACGACCUAUGUGAAUUAGGGAUAUUUUACCGACUUAAAAUAGUGUAUAACACAAUAGUAUACUUUCUCGUAUUUUUGAUCCAUUUUGAGGCUUUUAUGAAGAAAUUUUACGGUUUUUAUAUCACGUGAAAAUACUUGUGCUCUAAAGGCAGAUGAUUCCCUCUCAGGCUAUAUGUGCGCCUUCUUUGUUUUACACCAGCUGGCGGCCCUAGUAAGGUUUUCACUCGCGUUUAUCCGAAAAAUCGGGUUAUAAAAGUUAUUUCUUUGCUUUCCCGGAUUUAGCUUGACUGCCUAUCUGGGUAAGUAACUAUCUGGGCGCAUAUAUAUGUACGGGGGGAUAAUGUUUAAGUUUCCUGCAGUUUUUCAAAGUGGCGGAUGGCAUAAUUCUUGUCUUUAUGCUGGAUUAUUCGUAGAGGUGGACAUCGCUAGCACGCGAAAUCGGAACACAUAUUCAC